GCUUUUUCUCUCUGUUUUUCCGGAGCGCAAACGACUCUGAAGAAUCUGCCGAAGAUACCUGUGUCCAUCCUGCAAGAACAGAAGCAUCUUUUACUGCUGAACUAAUAGUGAAGUCAUGCAGGUGGAGAGGAAAUGGCACAUCCUGAUGACUGUCUUCUUUCUGCUCAUCACUUCGGAUCAGUGCAUGGACAACAGGGACAUCACGCAGAAAGACGGAUGGACCCUGUUGGAUCUAAUCUUACAGGUUGUCAAAGACAGCCAGGAGCGGGACAAACCCCUGUCCAGAUGCUGCAGCAGCAGUGGACUCUUCACCACAGCCCAAGGCAUGAAGUUCUCCACCCGUGAAAAGCCUUUCUAUGUUCCUAGGCUGGAUAACAGUAGACUCAUAGAUGUUGUUUCUCGGGACGUGAACAUGAAAGGCAAAUUCAUCCAGCAUUUCACAGGACCGGUGAAGUUCUCUUUGGAGUGCAGAACACACUUUCAUAGACUGUAUCACAACACAAGGGACUGCUCAAGACCAGCCUAUUACAAAAGAUGUGCAAGAUUGCUAACACGAUUAGCAAUGAGUCCACUCUGCAUGCAAUCAUAGAUAUUACGUCUCCAAAUAAUGGAAGCGGGAUCAUUGUGUUGCCAAGGAAGUGCCUUCAAACCCAUACCAGUCAUGCAAACACUGUGUCUCGUGUUAUUUUUGUUGCUUCAUAAAAAUGGUGAAGACAUCAUGGGUUACUUUGAAUGGAUUUGCUUUUUUUUUUAACGUAACUUGAACUAUGUGUCAAACAUUAAAGCAAAAAUCUGCACAACCUGAGCGCUCCCAUGCAAAAAUUUAUUUUUAUGGAAAUGUUAAUUUAAACACGCCUAUUUAUUGGAAAGAUUUGUACGUAAUAUUUGAGGUUUGUUUUGAAUUUGUCCUGCCAGAGUUUGAAAGAUUCCUCAUACGCUGUUAUUGUAUUCAUUAUAUUUUAUUUGGCACUUGAGUGAUUUCUGAGAACAUAUGGAAAAACAACAGUGAUAAUGUGCACUGCAGCAAUGAACAAUAAAGAAUAUUCAAGCACA